AUGAGCGACAAUAGCAAUGCUCCUAUCCCCCUUGGUGGCGUGUGGAGAGCAACCGUUUCAGCAAGAAGGAAGGAAGGCUUGACAAAGGAGGAGUUUUCUCGUCGAUUUGCUCUCCAUGGGAAACUUGCUGGGCCCAUAGUGGUGAAACAUAACGGCAUCUCCUACUUGCAGCAUCACCUUACAGAUACAUUUGCCGCCAAAUUCAAGGAAGAGCUUGGUCCCGAGCUUGCACCACACUUUUCCAUCGCCGAGAUCGAUGGAAUUACCACUCUCUUGUUUCCGACUGCCAAGGACUUGGCGGCUUUUUUUGCAGAUCCUGCUCACAAUGAGAAAUUGAACGCCGACGUGGCUGAGUUUGCGGAUGUCACGUCUGUUCAGUUUUCUGUAGGAGACGAAUUGGCUGUUGUUAAAGAUGGCAAGAUGCUGCUUUGA